AUGUCUUUCACGAGGCUCUCCACGCGGUUUCUCUCGAACACACGAGCUACUCCCCGGCUCAUUGGGAACAUUCCCAUCCGAACACCACACCAAAUUCGUCUCGAAUCCACCAGAGUACCACGAUUAGCCCAAGCCUCAGUCUGGAGCUCGAUGAUCCCUAAAUUCAUCCGAAACCGCGGUACCAAGGAGAUAACGGCCGAGACUGCGAAAUCGAAAGAAUGGAACCCUGCUAGUUUCUACAUCAUCAUAUUCAUCUUGAUCGGGUCACAAGCGAUCCGGAUGAUCGCGCUGAAGAACGACUACCGCGCAUACACGCGGACAACAGAUGCCAAGAUCACGCUUCUGCGAGAAGUCAUUGAGCGAGUUAAGAAUGGUGAGAAGGUAGACGUGGAGCGACUACUGGGGACUGGCGAUCACGGAAAGGAGAGGGAGUGGGAAGAAAUUCUGCGGGAGAUCGAGGACGAGGAUUCGCUAUGGCAUCAGAAGUCGAAGGAUCAGGAGCCGGAUCAACAAGCUCAGUCGCAAGAACGACAGGAGGAGCACUCGCAGAAGAAGGACCCAGUUAUGCCCGCUGAAGGUACCGGAAAUGAGGAGCCACCUGCAAAUAGCCCCUCGAGACGAAAGAUCAAUUUCUUUUAA